AUGAUUAAUUUAACAAAAUCGUUAUAUUUUUUGUUACAAAAUGAAAGAAAAAUAAAUGUGCAUCGAUUGAAAAUUCCAGAAAUAAUUAAAUUGCUAAAUAAAAAUAAAGAAGUAAAGAAAGAUGAUUUGGAUAAUAUAAAUAUACAAAUAAUUAAUAAUAUAAGUCAUAUAGAUCCACAAAAAAUUAUAAGAAAUAUAUGCAAUAAUGUAAGGAUAAAGGAAGAUUUGAAAUCUUUGAAAAAAAAAAUUUACUUCAAUCAUUUAUUACUUCGGACAAUAGUAAAUAAUAAGAAUUUACAAAUAUAUGAAUUUAAAGAAUAUAAAAAUAACAAAUUAAAUGAAAGUUUAAUAAAAACUCAAGAAAAUGUUAGAAAAAUAUACGGGAGAAGUAAAAGAAAUCUAAACAAGAAAAUCCCAAUUAACACAAGUUAUGAAAAAAAAGAACUAGAAUCAAAAUCAAAUUUAGAUAUUGACAAUUCUUAUGAACUCAGUAAUAAAAAUUUUAAAAUAUUUGAUUUAACAAUUAAUUACAAUAGUUUUAUAUUAGAAAACAUUUUAAAGAAUAUUUGUUUAUACAUAUAUAAUUUUAAAAUGUUAAAUAAUUUGAAUCAAGAAGAAAAAGGUGGUUACGAAAUGAUAUCUGUUUUAUUAAUAUCAAAUAUUUUUCAUAAUUUUUUUCAAUUAAAAUAUGGUUACAAAUAUAUUGUACAUUUUUUAAAUGGAUUAAGUUUAUAUAAAAUUAAAAAAAAAGUAAACAUUAGCAACCUGAACUUUAAAUUAAUAAACGAUUAUUUAAUGAAUAUUAAAGAAAACAACAUUUUUGAAAAAGAACGCGAUAUUUCUUUUGUUAUACACUAUCUAAGUAAUUAUGAAAAAGAGGACUAUCAUAUAUAUAAUAAAAGGGGUAAUGUAGAAGAAUAUGAUUAUAUACACAAAUUUGAAGAAGAAAGUAAAAAAACUACUUAUAUCGUUGAUACUAAAGAAAAUAUUUUAUUGUCAUACAAUAUAAGUGAAUCAUUUUUAAAUUAUUUUUUAAAUAUAAUAUUAAAUAAAUAUAAUGUUGAAAAAAUGAGUUUUAGUAACUAUUGUUUACUAAUUCACUUAUAUAGUAUGUCAAAUCACUUCGUGACUGAUUUCUUUACAUAUUUCCCAGUUCUAUUUUUGAAAAAUAAAAUGUAUAAAGAUAUUAGUACAUUAAUUAUUUUAUUAAAUUCUUGUAUUUUUUUUUUGAAAGGCAAAUCGUUUUUAACUAAUUUUAAUUCUUUUUAUAUUCAUAUAAAUUCUGAUAGAGAUAACAAAUUGAUUGGAGAAAAGAGUACUAUGAAUAUUUUACAGGAAAAAAUAUAUUCAUUAAUUGAACAGAUAAUAAAUUAUUUAUUACUAAAUAAAGAAAUAAUGAAUAAUAAUCAUCUGCUACAAGUGUUAGAAAUAUUUUCUUAUAUAAAAUAUAACAAAAAAUUGUUUUCAUAUAUUUUCAAUCAAAUAAAUAAUAGUUUAUGCUUAUUAAACAAAUAUCAAAUAUUUUAUUUCCUCAACUCUUUAUCAAAUUAUGAUAUAAUUUAUAAUGAGACGAAAAAUAUUAUAUAUGCUCAAACUGUUAAAGAUAUAGAUCAGUAUUCUAAUUAUGAAAUAAACCAGUUAGAGAAACAUUUACAAAUUAAAUAUUGA